CGCUCGCUCGCGGGUCGGGAUGGGUGAGCGCUUGAAAAGGGCAGCGUCGAUGAUGGUCGGGGAUACAAGGGCAGCUAGAUCAGGCUACCUAUGUGAUGGUUUGGUUUUGUUCAGUCAACCUUGGUGUUGCUGGUCGUUGCUUUUCAAGAACUUGGUCGGCGCAUUGCGUGAAUGCCAACACAUGGUGUGAGGCGUCGUGUACCAAAGCUCAUGCCCGUGUGCGCUGCCUGCUGCUACUCCUCUUGGCAUCUGGUUCCUGUGUAUUUAUGGUCGCGCGCUAAACAGAAUGAGCUGCUCGUUCGAGAAGCAGAUCGUCAUUGACGGUCGCGGCCACCUUCUGGGCCGCCUGGCGUCCAUUGUCGCCAAGCAGAUCCUCAACGGCCAGAACGUUGUGGUCGUCCGCAGCGAGCUCCUGCAGAUCUCCGGUAGCUUCUACCGCAACAAGCUGAAGUACAAGGAGUUUUUGCGCAAGCGCUGCAACGUGAACCCCGCGCGUGGUCCCUUCCACUUCCGUGCCCCCUCUCGCAUCUUCUGGCGUGUGGUGCGCGGUAUGGUCCCCCACAAGACCCCCCGUGGUGCUGAGGCUCUCAAGCGCCUGAAAGUCUUCGAGGGUGUCCCUUCCCCCUACGACAAGAUCAAGAAGAUGGUUGUGCCUGAGGCGCUUAAGGUCAUCCGCCUGAAGCCUGAACGCAAGUUCUGCACUGUUCAGCGUCUGUCUGCCGAGUUCGGCUGGCGCUACAAGGACAUUGUCGAGACGCUUGAGGACAAGCGCCGCGCCAAGGCCGCCGAGUACUACACUCAGAAGAAGAAGCUGGCCGCGCUGCGCCGCAAGGCCGAGGCUAACGUUGCGGACAAGGUCAAGUCCCACACCGAGACUCUUGCUCAGUACGGCUUCUAAGUUGUCCUUAUCCGAGACAAUUGACGACAGCAUCUA